GGUCGGGAGGUAGACGCGCGUGCUAUGCGAACGGCGCGUCGCGCCGUUACACUCGCAUACACUCGUUGGCGGUCCACGAGGGAGUGAGCUCGCGCGCGUCGUCCAGCAUCCGAUCCCGUGGUAGGUUAAUGGGAGAUGCGCGAUCGAUAACGAUCGCUCGACGGCGGUGAUCUUCGUCGAUGGACGCGCUGCCUAACCUCAAAGACAAUCCUGAUACUCGCCGUCGGUUUCGCGAGCAGUGAGUGAAGUCUCGCUGUGCAUCUGAGUAGAGAAAGAGAGAAAAAUUUUUCCUUACCUCGGGGAUAUAAGAUGAAAGGGAGCGCGAUAUGGGGUCUGCUGUUGCUCGUGGGAAGCUGCAUCGUCCUGGCCGAUCCAGAGGCCGAGCCUUCGGAGGAGCUGUUCAAUCGGCUGCAGCUUCCGAAGCACCGCAAAGAGGACAAGUGUUAUGAUGAGAAUGGCAGGCCGCAGAGAUGUAUACCGCCGUUCGAAAACGCGGCUUUUAACGUGCCGAUGGAGGCGACGAACACGUGCGGCGAGGACCGUCCGAUCGAAUUCUGCAAGCAGACAGGCGUGCAAAAGAAGUCGUGCGAGAUUUGCCGACGCGGCGAUCACUCGGCCAUCUUCCUCACCGACCACGAUAAUAACGACAAUGCUACCUGGUGGCAAUCAGACACCAUGUACGAGGGGAUCGGGUAUCCCAAUCAGGUCAAUCUCACCCUCCCUCUAGGAAAAACAUUUGACAUAACAUACAUCAGAGUACUGUUUGAAUCACCCCGGCCGGAAAGCUGGGCUAUCUACAAGCGGAAGAACGAGAAGUCUUCGUGGGAGCCUUAUCAGUUUUAUUCAGCGACGUGCCGGGAUACGUACGAUCUGCCCGAAUCCAAAGAGACCGUUCGCGGUGACGACACCCGCGUGCUAUGUACCUCGGAAUUCUCUGAUAUCUCCCCGCUCACUAAAGGCACCGUCGCUUUCUCGACCUUGGAGGGCCGACCUUCUGCUUAUUAUUUUGAGACCAACCCCGAACUUCAGGAAUGGGUACAAGCAAGGGAUAUAAGGAUUACUUUGGACAGGUCGAACACGUUCGGUGACGAAGUUUUUGGCGACGCUCAAGUGUUGAAAUCUUACUAUUAUGCGAUAGCUGAUGUAGCAGUCGGUGCGAGAUGCGCCUGCAAUGGACACGCCGGAGAAUGUGUAAACAGUACUAGUGUCGAUGGCAGAACUCGCAGAGUCUGCCGAUGUGAGCACAAUACCGCUGGUCCAGACUGCAACGAGUGUUUACCUUUUUACAAUGACGCUCCUUGGGGCCGUGCCACGACUACAGAUGCGCACGAAUGCAAACCUUGCAAUUGUAACGGAUACUCGGACAGGUGCUACUUCGAUAAGGAAUUGUAUAAGACGUCAGGUCAUGGAGGUCAUUGCUUAGAUUGUCGAGCAAAUCGCGAUGGCGCUAAUUGCGAGCGGUGUCGCGAAAACUAUUAUCAGCGACCCGAGGAUAACUAUUGCAUCGCAUGCAACUGCAAUGAGAUUGGUUCGAGAAGCUUGCAGUGCAAUAGCGAGGGCAAAUGCCAAUGUAAACCUGGUGUAACGGGGGAUAAAUGCGAUCGUUGUGCAGCCAAUUUUUACAAUUUCGGCUCACAGGGCUGUACUUCCUGCGAGUGCAACUUGGCAGGAUCAGCGGAUAAUGUUCCUAAUUGCGACCCUAUCACAGGAGUUUGUGCCUGCAAAGAAAACGUCGAGGGAAAACGCUGUAGAGAAUGUCGUCCAGGUUUCUUUAAUCUGGCAGUGGAUAAUGAAUUCGGCUGUACUCCUUGUUUCUGUUAUGGCCAUUCCUCGGUUUGUCGACCAACGAACGGUUACUCGAAGCUGUUCAUUGAAAGUAUGUUCGUGCGAGGAAACGAACGCUGGUCCGCAUCUGUGGCUGGUAAUCCGAUUACAUUGCAUUACGAUGCACUGACGCAGACGAUCUCGGUUACUGCACUUGACCGUGACAACGUGUACUUUCUCGCGCCCAACAAAUUUCUGGGAGACCAGCGAGCGUCAUACAAUCAAGACAUAACGUUCAUACUGAGGAUAGGGGAAACUGGUCCAGCUCCUACGGCACGCGAUGUAAUCUUAGAGGGUGGAAAUGGCGAGCAGAUCACUCAGCCGAUCUUCGGGCAGAACAACCGUUUACCGACUGUUACACCUCAAGAAUAUCGGUUUAAAUUGCACGAACACGUCAAGUACGGCUGGCAACCGCGAUUGUCUUCUCGUGCCUUCAUGUCGAUUCUGUCAAACUUGACUGCCAUAAAGAUUCGCGGAACUUACACUCAUCAAGGCCGAGGAUUUUUGGACGAUGUGAAAUUAGAAACGGCACAUCGUGGCGCAGCUGGCGAACCAGCCGAUUGGGUGGAACACUGCCAGUGUCCUCAUGGUUACGUCGGUCAAUUUUGUGAGUCGUGUGCACCCGGGUUCCAUCACGAUCCGCCCAAUGGCGGUCCCUUUGCCCUUUGUGUUCCUUGUAACUGCAAUGGACACGCUGAUAUUUGCGAGGCCGAGACAGGACAGUGUAUCUGUCAGCAUAAUACAGCAGGAAGCAAUUGCGAGUUAUGUAGUAGAGGAUAUUAUGGUUAUCCAUUAAAAGGAACCCCAGACGAUUGCAAACCGUGCCCUUGUCCCGAUAAUGGGCCUUGCAUUCUUUUGGGCAACAAUCCGGAUCCCAUUUGCUCCGAAUGUCCUAUUGGCAGAACUGGACCUAGAUGCGAAACAUGUUCCGAUGGUUACUAUGGGAAUCCUGAGAGAGGUCUUGCUUGUCGAUCUUGCGACUGCAACAACAAUAUCGAUUUAAAUGCAGUUAGAAAUUGUAAUCACGAAACGGGAGAAUGUCUCAAAUGCGUCAAUAAUACUGCAGGUUUUCAUUGUGAGGAAUGUCUAGCCGGAUAUUACGGAGAUGCACUGUCAGAUCGCAAGGAAGAUGGAUGUAAGUUGUGCCAGUGUUAUCCACCGGGUACUUUGGAACUUGAUGAUGGAAGAGUUGCGCCUUGCGAUCAAUUAACAGGACAUUGCGCUUGCAAGCCGCAUGUUAUAGGUCGCAAUUGCGACAAGUGCGAGGAAGGCUACUACCAUAUUAUGAGUGGGGAGGGUUGUACACCUUGUAACUGCGAUCUUGAAGGUUCUUAUAAUCGCACUUGUGAUCCGAUAACAGGACAAUGUCAGUGCCGACUUGGAGUGACGGGUCAACAUUGCGAUGCGUGUGAACCCUAUCAGUACGGAUUCAGCCGUGAGGGUUGCAAGCCUUGCGAUUGCGACAGUAUUGGCUCCCAGGAUUUGCAAUGCGAUGCAAAUGGGCAAUGUCUUUGCUUGACGAACGUUGAAGGCAGACGUUGUGACCGUUGCAAAGAGAACAAGCACAACCGUCAACAUGGCUGCAUUGAUUGUCCUGAUUGUUACAAUCUUGUACAAUCAGCAGUCAACGAUCAUCGACGACGUUUGGCUGAACUUGAAGAUACCCUCUAUAAGAUCAACAGCAGUCCUACUGUCAUCAAGGAUUCAGACUUUGAGAAAGAGCUCAAAAACGUUCAGGAUAGAGUAAAAGCAUUAUUGUCUGUAGCCAAACAAGGAUCCGGCAGUGAGAAUAAAACGUUAGUAGAACAGUUAGAUGAGUUGCGUGAGCAAUUAAAUACAAUUGACAAGAUCUAUCAAACCGUGGACGUAACAACAAAUGAUGUGGAUGAUAUAACUGAGGAAGGUUUGACGAGUAUCACCGAGGCAGAAAAUGUUUUGGACAAAAUCCACGAACAGCUAACGGAAGCAGAGGAUUAUCUGGGCACGGAAGGAGCGAGUGCUUUAGCUUCGGCAAAAUUGCGCGCUGAGCAAGUCGGCCAACAGAAUCAGCAGAUGACAUCGAUCGCACAAGAGGCGCGUUUACUCGCCGAAGUAAAUACAAAUGAAGCCAAAAAACUUCAUAUGCUGGCGGAACAGGCGCGAAACACGACAUUGGAAGCUUACAAUCUCGCGAAACAAACAAUAUCGAAAUAUUCCAAUAUAACGGAUGAAAUAAGAGAUCUGGAGACCAAGCUGGCGCAACUGGAAGAUCGUAUGGAUGAAGUGAGGAAUCUCACUGCCAUCGCAGCCACUAAAUCCUCAGCUGUUUCUCAGGAAGCGUUAGAUUUGCUAAUCCUUGAUUUAACGCUUCCUCCAGUCAAUAUCGAGCAGUUGCGACAGCAAAUAGAAAGCGUUAGCAGUGCGAGUUUACAGAUAAAGGAACAGGCGCAACUCUUGUUGGAGAAGAAUGAGAAUUUCAUCAAAGAGAUGGCUGAAAAAGUUAAAAAGAGCGAAGAACUAUUAGACAGAGCUCAAGAUCAAGAGGCUGCAACGGCCGAACUAUUAGCUGAAUUGGAUGAAGCUGACGAGACAGCAAAUAAGGCUGUUAAACGUGGUGAUCAGACGUUAAAAGAAGCUCAAGAGACUUUAAAGAAAUUGGGAGAAUUUGAUGCUGAGGUGCAACGUGAACGUGUAAAGGCGCAGAGUGCUUUGAUGGACAUUGAACAUAUUGAAGACUUGAUUCGCUAUGUUAACGAACAAGCUAGAGAAACAGAAAAAAAACUAAAUGGUUCGGAAGAAAAUGCUAAAAGUGCACGUGAAAUUGUGCAAAACGCUCAGAAUUACGCGGAUAAAGCUAGCGCUAACGCAAACAACAUCAGAACAGAAGCUAAUAAAACUAAAAUCGAAGCUCUACGACUCGGAAAUGAAGUUGAAAAGUUACACCUCCGAGUCGACACUACGGAUUCGAUGAUCAAACAAUAUGAGAUUCAAAUGAGCAAGGACACAAAUAUCACCGCCGAGGCAAAUUAUAAAGUUGGUCAAGCAAAGACUAAUGUAACUCUGGCAUCACAGCAAGUCGAUAAGGCCUUAUCCGAUGUUGCCGCGAUUAUCAGAGAACUCGAAAAUCUACCAGAAAUCGACGAUGCCGAUUUGAAUCGCUUGGAAGAACGUCUCAUUGCUGCCGAGAAAGAAAUUAAAGCCGUAAAUCUGGAUCAGCGAAUCCGUGCGUUGACGGAAGCGAAGAUUCUACAAACGCAAUGGGUUAAAAAUUAUGAGGAUGAAGUCAACAGAUUGCGAAUCGAAGUAGAGAAUAUCGAUGAUAUUCGAAAGGCUUUACCAACAGAUUGUUAUCAGCGCGUUCGUCUGGAGCCUUGAGAUUUACACUAUUCACUUUUGUGUCAUGUUUUUAGACGUAUAUUUUAUAGUAUAUUUUAAGCUAUAUAAAACGCGUUUUAUAAGUUUUGUGUUAAGGACAUUCUUAUCGUUAAGGCUCGAGGAUUAAAAAAAAUUUUUAAAUCAUUAAAGCUACCAUCUUUUUAAAGAAAGAAUGUUAGAAUUUUAUAGCACAGUAAUAUUACUUAAAAAUUCAGAUUAGAGGCUUGAUUUUUCAGCAAUAAGCAAUUUCUGAAAUAAUAGGAUAAAAAAUGAUAUUCUAAAGUUAACAAAUCUACUUAAUAAUUUUAAACAAAUAUACUUAAUAAUUUACAUAGACUUUUAAUGACAAAAUGUGAUUCACAAGGAUACGAUUUAGGAAUUAUUUAAUAGACUUUUGAUACAUCUAUCUUUUUCCGAAAAAUUUUAAAAUAAAUUUUUAUAAUUCCAAAUAUCAAGUUUUUUAAAUAAUGCACGUAAUGAUUAAAAAUGAUAAAAAAGCAUUUUGCAUGUUAGACUAGGAACGAAUUUUGUGCAUAGAUACAUAUGCACAUACAGUGGCAAUAAAAUAAAUCUUUCAUACCAAAGAUUCUUUCAUAGUAUAUACGUUUGGAUUUAUCAUUCAACUUGCAUUUCUUCUAUAUUAUAUAUUUGUUGUAAUGACUACUAAUCAUGUAUAAAUAUGUAUAUAGAUCUGUAACAUGUAACUGCCAUGUCAAUGCACGUUAGCGCAUCAUUUGCAAUGAUAUAGAAUUUAAGAAAACAGUUAUGUUAAUUAUAGGAAUUGUUCUUCGGCCUUUACAAAAUAGUGGAACAAUGAAAAAGAGAGUUAACGUGAAUAAUCAAAAUAAUAAUAAAGCUAUUUCUGGAAUAAUAAAAAAAGACUAUAAUCAAUAUAAUAUAAUUAAAAUCUGUUUUUAUAUAAAAAUAAAAAUAAAAUAGAAAAAUCUAUUUUCUCCUGUAAUAUUGGUUGAAAAACACUAAAUGGAAUACAUAUACGUUUAGAGUAAUCGUCAUAUUUUAUUAUCAUCAAUCAUCAUCCAUAUUGAUGAAUUUCGAAAUUUCUAAUCACGUAGAUAACUGAAAUUAGUUCACGUACGAAUUAUAUUUUUAUAAUAGGCAAGUUAGAUAAGAUAAGAGAGCAUUUUUAUAUGAGAACGUUUCUAUACACAAAUUGUAUUGAGGACAAUAAAUAUUUCAAAAGUA